AUGGCGCUUUCCAAACCAAUAAUGCAAGGAACUCCCCAACACUUUCUAGAGUGUGGUACCGAAGAUUGUGAGAAAAAUUGUGAAUUCUACUGUAACUCCUGUCAUCAUGGCAUGUGUAAAAAUUGCAGAGACCUCCAUUUGAAAAUUCAAGAAAACCAGAACCAUGAGGUAGUCCUAUACCAGCAACGUAAACGACAACUUCCAGUGGAAAAAUGCAAGAUUCACCCAACCAAAGAAAUAGAUAUUUUAUGUGAAGAAUGCAAUGUUCCUUUAUGUUCGAAGUGUUCAACAAUGCAAGAGCACAGGGGUCAUCAAUUUUUUGAUUUAGAAAUGGUCUACACAGAUAAAUUUAAACUCUGCCAAAAGGAAAUCUCCAAAAUUUAUAAUUAUUUCAUUCCAACUGCACAGGAUGUACUAAGCCAAGUGAGGGAAGAUGUUACUGAAAUUAAAAAUAUCACAGACAUCAUACGAACAUCCAUGAAGGCAGAAGCAGAGAUUCUCAAAAGCAUAGUGGACACUGUACUUUCAGACAAUAUGGAAGAAUUAGAUCAGAUAGAACAGUCUGUGCUGGAGGAUUUGAAGAGCCAAGAGAAGACAUAUAAUAAUUACAUUGCUUAUCUCAGUGACCUUGUGAAGGAGUACCAGAGCUACCUGGCAUCUACUGAGCUCACAAAAUUCACAAGCAUACUUCCCGAGAACUUGGAAAUAAAAUCCAUACCAGAAACCACAAAACCUAUCAAACCAGAAUUUUUUUCUGCUCAAUACACUGAGAAUGAUGUUGCCAGUUUACUCGGAAAAAUAACUGUAACAGAUAGAAAGAGAGAGGCUAGAAGAGUAAAGCCAAUGGAAAUAGCUCCUUCUUCUUCAUCAAUAAAAUCUGCAAGUGAACAGUCAAAACAAGAUAAACAGGUGAAAUCGGACAAGAAACAUCUAUCUGCCAGAUCUGUCAACAAGGUGAGGGAGUUAAAUGUACCAGGUGUUAGUAAUGUAUACCAUAUAUCACUGGGUCAGUCAGACAAACUCUGGAUCAGUAAUGAUAAUGGUGUUCUUGUCCAAGCAGAUCUACAGGGCAAUAUGAUACAGAAAAUAAAAACCAGUGGAGGAAUGGAAGGCUACCACACAGUCACACAGGAGGGGGAUAUGCUCUAUACUGAUGGAAACAAAAAACUCAUCAAUAAGGUAACAAAGGAUAACAAUAUUACAGAAUUCCUUAAAACUGGAGACUGGGAACCCUACAGCAUACACUCCUCCAUCAUCAAUGGGGACUUACUGGUGGGCAUGUGGAAAGACAAGGAAGCCAGGGUCACGAGGUACAGCAAGACAGGAAAAGAAGUACAGAACAUACAGAGGGAUAACAAAGGACAGGGACUGUAUGGUGUACCAACAUAUAUCACUGAAAAUAUCAAUGGAGAUAUCUGUACAUCAGACUGGGAAAAAAAAUCAGUAGUGGUGGUAAAUAAAUCAGGACAACACAGAUUCUCCUACACAGGUCAUGAGUCAAAGUUCUCUCCCUUUGGAAUAUGUACUGAUGUUUUCUGUCACAUCCUGGUGUGUGAUAGAUACAGUGAAACUGUUCACCUUCUCGAUCAGGACGGUCAGUUCUUGUCUCUACUACUCACACAACAACAUUGGGUGAAGCAUCCUAAGGCUUGUAGCUUGUGUGUGGAUGACGAGAACAACCUGUUUGUUGGACAACUAGACACCAACACACUUACAGUUUACACGUAUCUCAAGUGA